AUGGAGAAUUAUAGCUUCUACGUGGAUCGGGAAUGUGCUAUUCUCGAUGAAAUCUUUCUACGGUACAAUGGCAAUGAUUAUGAUGACGCCAUGUUUCAGACACAGAAACUAGCUUACGUGAGCAAACAGAAGAAGAAGCUGCCGCAUGAUACAGAGAUUGCCACCUAUGUGGAGACAAUCUCCUACACAACACUGGUGUCACCAAUAUGGUUGACUCCCUAUUUUGGAAUCAACGCGGAGGGACUGUUGUGGAAACUUUUCCGACUACCAGCUCAGUACUCCUACGUAAAAGAUGCUGUCCUUCAUAGGACAGUGAUUGCUCAGCAGCGUUCUGAAAGUUCAUCGACUCCACAAGCACUCAAGAUACCGAUGAAGAGUUAUUAG